AUGGCACCUACCAUCCGCCCCGCCACAGACGCGGACAUGGCACACCUCCAGCACAUCGAAGACGCAGCCGACACGCUCUUCCUCGCCGCUUUCCGCCCCGAGACGUGGCACACGGCCGAGGACGCAAGGACGCGCAUGGCCGCGGGGGGCUGGGUGCUGGUCGCAGGCGAAGCGGGCGAAGCCGGUGUAUCCACGGCCGCCGGCGCAGUCGUCGGCUUCGUGCAUGUCCUCGACCACCUCGGCACACGCACACGCACGGCGCACAUCGAAGCGCUGGCCGUGCACCCCGCGCACGGCCGGCGGGGGGUGGGGCGCGCGCUCGUGUGCGCCGCGAUCGCGGAGGCGCGCCGCCGCGGAUAUCGCCGCAUCACAUUGCGGACGUACGCCGACGUGCCGUGGAACGCGCCGUUCUACGCCUCGUGCGGGUUCGAGGAGGUCACGGAGCCGGGGGCGUUCUACGCCGCGUGCGAAGAGCGGGAGCGCGCGGCGGGGUUGAUGCGCUACGGGCGCAGGAUUACUAUGGCGCGCGACGUGGAGGUGGAGGAUUAG